AUGUUGCUUCUGUGUGCGUGCGUGCAGCGACGAGCGCACACAGCAACGGCUGUGCCCGUCCGCCGCACUCCCCGCCCCUACAUCGACCCUCGUCUGCUCGACGACAUGGGCUCGGGCGGCGGGUGCGGCGCCAAACGGCGAGCCGGAUCCCCGUGCGAGGGCGGCGGCAAAGUCGCGCGCUGGGAAGACUCGAUAGCGCGGCUGGAGGCCGUGGCCGCGGGUGCCGGCGGCGGAGAGUGCUGGCGCGGCGAAGACGAAGAGCGGCGCGCCUGCCGCCGGCGCUGGUGCGGCGGCUGGUGUGGCGCGCACGACACUAUCCGUGCCGAGAACGGCAAGUCCUACCUCGAGUUGGGCGGUGCGGCCGCGCGGGCCUGUUGCGAUGGCAGGGCCGCAGGCCGAUGCGCCUCGCGCCGUUGCUAUCGCGAAAGACGCCUAAAGAUGAUGAACCUUUGCGCGCUGAAAUUGGCGCGAUUCCGUCAGACGGCGGAUCCCUCGUUACGGCGCUCGGUGCUCGUGUGCAAUACCUUGCGCGGCAUCGAGCGGGAGAUGGAACGCGAGAGCGCCGAGGAGGCGCCUUUCGAACCCGCGGGCGUUGCGGGUGGUGUGACACGCUGCGAGCUGCUGGGUGCGCGAGACCCGGCCGCCGGGCGCGCCACUCCCUUCCCUGCAUCGGCGCCGCCCGACCGAGACUCGGGCUACGGCGACGAGGAACAGCGCAGCAUCGACUGGGGCUCCGUGCUGAGCCUGUCCUCCCGCUCUGCGCUCGACCCCCCCGAGGAGACGUGGCCCGACGACUGGGGCUGGAGCGAGGACAGUUUCGUGCGGCUACUGGUGCCGACGAGUUAG